GCGCUCGAGAGCGGGCCCCUCCCGCGCUGUGGUGUGAGGGGUAACGGCCGCUUAGCGCCAGCCUCAGUCCGGCAGAGGGGAGCGGCGGCAGCUGCUGGCAUGGGGGGGACCCCGCUGCUCAGCCGCCCCCGCCUUCCCUAAGUGGUGUUAUAGUCGGGGCUCCGGCCCUCCGCCGCAGGGGCCGCCCAUGGAGCCUAAAGUUUCAUUCAGAGGCACCAAUCGCUGUUGGAGUAGCGCAGAAACCAGUGGAAGGCUAACUGAUGUAUUCAAUAGUGUUAUCAUGCCAGGUUCCAGCUCAUUCUAUGAUUGCUACAAAUUACAGAAUGAAGACAAUGUAGACCUAAAUCAAACAUACAGUUCUUCACUUUCUACAUCAUCAGAAUAUUCAACUUCUGUUGACUCUUCUCUCUUAUAUGCACCAUGGUCUACAUAUGGAGAUGAUAUUAAACAAUCUGCUGUUUCUCAGAUUAGUGUAAAGAACAGGAUUCAAACUGAAAGAAAUGACUAUGGCAGUGAAACAGACUUAUAUGGACUUGUAUCUAACAUCUUGGAAGAACAAGAUAAAUCACAGCCAUAUUUUGCUGAGGGGACCUGCUCCUCAAAUUUAAAGUCAGUAUGGCCUGUGAACACAACCAGAUUUGCAGACCACCAUGACCUGUUGUCGGAAUCAAAAAGGCCUGUAGUUGCAGCUAUCUCUCAACAGGUUUUUUAUACUGGUGAAUCCAUAUCUGCUGCUGAAAAACCAUGCUUGCACAGUGGCAGUCUAGCAUCACAACAGAAAAUAGAUGAACUUUAUCAUGGAUUUACUAGCAUGGACCUUGAAGAGCAAUGGUUGUACCCUUCUAGGAAUGAUCAUGCAGGCUGUUACAACAUGCAGACCAAUGAGAAUGCUAAAACACCUCCACUACAGAGCUAUUCAUAUAUCAAAAACUCUUUUAUACCACAAACUGGUUUUUCAGAAGUAAUAAAAGAAUCAGGAGCAGAUACUUAUUCAUAUGGAAGAGAUAAAGUGUGUGCCAAAGGGCCUGAAGUGCAGUUACACCAAAAGCGGGCAGAAAUGUUUCUUCCACAAUUUAACAGCUACAGUGAAAAUGCAGAUUAUUGUAGAUACCCAGAAUAUUCUCAUCCCAGUAAAUUAAAGCAUAAUAAGAGUACAAACUUCAGUGUCCAAGAUAGUAAAAAAUUAACAAAUGGAAUACCUGAAGCACCAGCUGUGGAUACAGAAACCUACACUAAAUUAUUUCAAGUUAAACCAGCAAUUCAGAAAAAAAUUGAAGAUACAAUUCCAGAUCAGCAGAACUUUACAUUUUCUAAAACUACAGGACUCUUGUCAGAAAAGCAGUUUGCAAAUGAACCUUCAUUUACCACUGACUUUGGGUUAAAAUCUGAGUAUGGACUAAAAUCUCAUGCAGCUUGUCCAGGAAGUAGUGAUUUUGCAAAUGCCACAGAAAAACAACUAUUUUCAAAAUCUGAUCCCCAGAAUUCUGAAUAUUUUAAAUCACUGACCUUAUUAUCAAACUCAGCAACCACUUCAGCAGGCACUAGUGUGAGGCCAACUUGGAUGAAUAUUCAAACUAAAAACAAUACUUCUGUCCUGUACCAGAAUCCAAGCACCUUGAUGAAGUUGAGUAACCAUCUGUCUGCUACUCCAAAAGGUUCCAAUAAUUCUAAUGAUUUUUCUCAAUUGUCAUCUUCAAAUUUAACUUUGAAUAAUAACUUGUUUCAGAAAUUCUGCCAAGAAAAUCCUUCAGCAUUUUCUAGUCUUGAUUUCGGUUAUAAUACUGCAGAACGAAUUCAGCCUGCUAAUCGUAUGGAAGGACUAACUAAGGUUGGAGAAGAGAGUCUCUUUGAACCAAUUACUGAUAAAAAAAUUAAGCAGUCAAAUGGUUUUUGUGAGAACUAUUCAGCUCAAUAUGGGAUCACUGAAAAUUUGAACAAACACAACUUCCAAGCUAAGCCACAAAGUGGACAUUAUGAUCCUGAGGAAGGACAAAAACAUCUAGAUGUAUUGCCACAGAACACAUACCAGGAUCUGUUGGAGUCUCACGGUCACUUUAAUAGCCACAGACAGGGAGGUGGAGACAGCAAUAUUGUCAAUAGCCGUGUAAAUCGCCCACAGGCUUCCUGCUUUUCAAACAAUUAUAUGAUGGGCGAUUUAAGACACAAUCAUAACUUUCAGCAACUUGGUUCUAAUGGGUUUUCCUUGCGAUCCACCCAUCCAUUUGGCCAUUCAGUUGUUCCCCCGAUGGAUUCCUAUGAUUUGUUUUCUUAUGAUGAUUUAAGUAAUUUAUAUCCUUAUUUUAAUGAUAUGAUGUAUGGUGAUGGUUCUUUCUCUGGUUUUGUACCAACAUUUGGCUUUCAAAGACCAAUUAAAACUCGUAGUGGGCCUGCCAGUGAACUUCAUAUUAGACUGGAAGAAUGUUAUGAACAAUGGAGAGCAUUGGAAAAGGAAAGAAAAAAGACUGAAUCUGCUCUUGCCAAGAACUACCCAGGGAAAAAGGUUUCCAGUACUAACAACACUCCAAUUCCAAGGUUGACAUCAAACCCAUCAAGAGUUGAUCGCUUAAUUGUGGAUCAGCUACGUGAACAAGCCAGAGUCGUGACUUUACUUGGAAAAAUGGAACGUCUUCGCAGUUCUCCCCUUCAUGCUAAUAUCUCCACUGCUCUUGAUAAACAUCUGGAGGUAAUUCAUAUAGUGCAGUCACGUAGAAAGGAUGAAAUUGUAAAUGCUUCAAAUCGGCAGAGGCAAGGAGCUCCGAGAUGCCAAGAUGACAGAGAUGUUUUUGCCCUUGCUUUGGCAAUUAAAGAGAUGAGUGUAGCAACACGCAAAGCACGUACUACCCUUUGGUGUGCACUUCAGAUGACCUUACCAAAAACUGCCACUAUAGCUGGACAAGUAGAUGUGGAGAAAGCUUUUCAGGAGAUGGUACAGUCUGAAGAUAAAGCAUGUGAAAAUGUGAACAGCAGCAACCUCUUGAAUCAGAGAGGUGAAACAAACAAACAAACACUAAUGAAGUGUUAACCCAUGCAAGAGUAAAAUUUGCAAUGUGGGUUUGGCAAGACACAGUGUAAAUGAACUCUUAAAGCUUGAGAAAUUAAUUGAUUUUCUUCCAAAUUUAAAGUUAAUACCUGAAUGAAGCAAGUUCAGCUUCUCAACAAAAAAAAAAGUCCAAUUUCUAACUAAUUGGAGACUAACCAGACUAACCCACUGAACUAACAGGUUAUAUUAGCAGCUUCAGCAAUACAUUAACGUGUCAGAUUUGUUAGUUUAAGUAAUGUGAUUAUUUUUAACUGCCACUCUGCAGUGCAGGUAAGCACCAGUGUGAAAUUCUUCUAAGUGAUAAGUUUCUUUUAGGUUUGCCUUAGUAAACAUGUUUUCAAAUAAUGAAUCUCAGUGACUGUAACCCACCAUAGGCUGCAGUCUAGUAACAGACAAGUUUUGAUUGUGAUGUAAAAACGUUUUCCUUAUCAAACUAAUACCUGGAAACAGGAGGAAAGCAAUGCUAAACAUACCCAGUAUUAAUGUAAAAAUUAAAUAUUUAAAAUAUUGACAUAUUUAUGAAUUUGAAAUUUUAGAAUCUAAAUUUAUGAAAGGAAAUGCACCAGAUUCUCCUAAAUUAGUGAUAUUAUAAAACUGCCAUUGUGAAACCAUGCAAUGUAGUGAAGGUAAAACUUGUUCAAAUCAUUUGUGCAUAUUCUUUAAAAAAAAAUUAUAUCUCUGUUUUAAAAUAUUUAAGUGUAAUCAAAACAUUACAUUUACACAAUCGGAAUCUUAAAAAGCUGCAAAGCAGCGGAAAUAAUGAGUAUUGUUCUUAUACCCUUGGUUUAAUACUUUUAAAGAGGGUAUCACAAGGUUCUGAAAUGUAUUUUUUUUUAAAGUUACUCUUUAGCUAGUUUGGUUUGAGAUUGGUUAGCGUAUAUUUUGUUAAAUUUAUUAGUUUGCUUCUGUAUUUUUGAAAGCUAUUGAAUGCUUGGCUUUUUCUGUGUUCCUUAUCUCAAUAUCUUUGUAUUGAACGUGAAUAAUUUAUUCAUUAAUAUGAAAGGUUGAUAUUAUGUGGCUCAGGAGAUCUUGGGUUUUAACAAUUCUAGCAUGGAGUUAAACUAUAAUGUGUGGAUUAAAUUUAUUGAGCUAUCCUUGGCUAGAUACACUGAUAUUAACAGUGUUCUUAGUUUUAGAAAUCCUGGUACGCAAAAAGUGUAAUCACACCACAUAAAUUGUCUUUGGAUGACGUGAGAGAGAAACUGAUUGAGAACGCAGGAUAAACUGUAGUAGAACUAUUUUGAUCAUUGAUAUGACUUACAGUACUGCCAAAAUUAAUUGCAAAGGGGCAGCAAAAUAUAAUACAACAUCAUACCACAGUAGUCACUGCACAAAGACUGGUUAAGUUUGACGUAAGACAUGUUGGAUGUUAUGAAAACAAAUAUUGUACUGAAUUUAGUCUGCUAAGAAAUAAAGUAGCUUUCGUUGAAAAGUGUUGUUUUACUCUGCAUGUGCGUAUUUGAACAUGUUUUAGCGAAUUAGACUCUUUAUGUGCAUGUUGAUAUAAUGAAGGCUAAUUUUAUAUUCUCAUCAGGAAAUGAGAUUACUGAACUAUGUUGAAAGGGGCGA